AUCGACAACUUUAGAAGGAUUAAAUAAUUUCAAUCAACUUCAAGAAAGGGGUUAAAGAUGAAAGCCUUUGGACUUUUCGUUGCAGUUUUCUGCGGAUUUAUGGCGAUUUGCUACUCGCAAUUAGGCGUUCCUGAUCCAAGAUGCCCAGCUCUUGGUACGGAAUGUCGUUCAGCUCAACCGACGUAUUUGCCGCACGAAUCUGACGAAACUCAGUUUUAUGUUUGCGUUCAUGGAAAUAGAGUUAACGUAACUUGUCCUCUUGGUACUAUUUUCAACGUGACACUGAAUAGCUGUGCAUGGCCUCAUUGUCCUGCGGUAAGUACGACUUCAACUAGUUCAACGUCAACUACAAGUUCGACUACUGAAAGCACGACAACUACUGAGCCAACAACUACAAGUACGACUACUGAAAGCACGACAACUACUGAGCCGGUAAGUACGACUUCAACUAGUUCAACGUCAACAACAAGUUCUACUACUGAAAGCACGACAACUACUGAGCCAACAACUACAAGUACGACUACUGAAAGCACGACAACUACUGAGCCAACAACUACAAGCACGACUACUGAAAGCACGACAACUACUGAGCCAACAACUACAAGCACGACUACUGAAAGCACGACAACUACUGAGCCAACAACUACAAGCACGACUACUGAAAGCACGACAACUACUGAGCCAACAACUACAAGCACGACUACUGAAAGCACGACAACUACUGAGCCAACAACUACAAGCACGACUACUGAAAGCACGACAACUACUGAGCCAACAACUACAAGCACGACUACUGAAAGCACGACAACUACUGAGCCAACAACUACAAGCACGACUACUGAAAGCACGACAACUACUGAGCCAACAACUACAAGCACGACUACUGAAAGCACGACAACUACUGAGCCAACAACUACAAGCACGACUACUGAAAGCACGACAACUACUGAGCCAACAACUACAAGCACGACUACUGAAAGCACGACUACUGAAAGCACGACAACUACUGAGCCAACAACUACAAGCACGACUACUGAAAGCACGACAACUACUGAGCCAACAACUACAAGCACGACUACUGAAAGCACGACAACUACUGAGCCAACAACUACAAGCACGACUACUGAAAGCACGACAACUACUGAGCCAACAACUACAAGCACGACUACUGAAAGCACGACAACUACUGAGCCAACAACUACAAGCACGACAACUACUGAGCCAACAACUACAAGCACGACUACUGAAAGCACGACAACUACUGAGCCAACAACUACAAGCACGACUACUGAAAGUACGACAACUACUGAGCCAACAACUACAAGCACGACUACUGAAAGCACGACAACUACUGAGCCAACAACUACAAGCACGACUACUGAAAGCACGACAACUACUGAGCCAACAACUACAAGCACAACUACUGAAAGCACGACAACUACUGAGCCAACAACUACAAGCACGACUACUGAAAGCACGACAACUACUGAGCCAACAACUACAAGCACGACUACUGAAAGCACGACAACUACUGAGCCAACAACUACAAGCACGACUACUGAAAGCACGACAACUACUGAGCCAACAACUACAAGCACGACUACUGAAAGCACGACAACUACUGAGCCAACAACUACAAGCACGACUACUGAAAGCACGACAACUACUGAGCCAACAACUACAAGCACGACUACUGAAAGCACGACAACUACUGAGCCAACAACUACAAGCACGACUACUGAAAGCACGACAACUACUGAGCCAACAACUACAAGCACGACUACUGAAAGCACGACAACUACUGAGCCAACAACUACAAGCACGACUACUGAAAGCACGACAACUACUGAGCCAACAACUACAAGCACGACAACUACUGAGCCAACAACUACAAGCACGACUACUGAAAGCACGACAACUACUGAGCCAACAACUACAAGCACGACUACUGAAAGCACGACAACUACUGAGCCAACAACUACAAGCACGACUACUGAAAGCACGACAACUACUGAGCCAACAACUACAAGCACGACUACUGAAAGCACGACAACUACAAGCACUACCACUGAACCAUCAGUACAAGGAUUUGAUGUCCAACUUGCUUCUGCUACCUCUGAAGAACCAUCAGCUCAAGGAUUUGUUGAUGAACUUGCUUCUGAUGAUGAUAUCGAUGCGUUUUUCAAUAAUAAAUAGACAUGAGAAAAUCGCAAAUUAAAAAUUUCAAAUUUAAAAUUUUCUUAAAUAUUUUUAAUCUCAAAAAUUUGUAGAUUCAAGAAAUGUUUUUGAAAAUUCUAAUAAAGAGAAACAA